GAGAGAGGGAGAACAAAAAAGUAAAAGCAGCUGCAAAUGAAAAACACAAAACAAAUAACCAAAUAUACCGAGAAAAGAAUAAACAUAACAAAUGGGAAAAACCGACAAAGAACAAAAACACACACACACACACACACACACACACACACACACACACACACAACAGCAAAUAAGCACACACAAAAACAAGAAAAACACAACUAACAGUCACAACAAAAUGGAAACACGCACACACAAAAACAAGAAAAACACAACUAACAGUCACAACAAAAUUGAAACACGCACAGACACGAAAGCACUUUAACGUGAUCGAAAACCUUGUAGCUGCCUUCAUGUUCAUAUACGGAUUCAAAUUCCAGUCCGUUAGGUGGUGGUAAUGUAACCAGAUUGUUGCUUGCCAACCGCUGUCCUAAUCAGAAGAGAAGAAGAGAGGAGGAAGCAUUCGAGUCGAAAAUGAGAACAACGCAGAAACAGUUUAUUUAGUCGCAACACAGAUACAGUAUGUCAGAAUCUUUGGACGCUUGCAGUUUACUCUCUUCAUCCUCGCAGCUCGAUCUCAUGGAGGAAGAAGUGAUUGAUGAUAAGGAAUUCGACAUUCCCCAAGUAGACACACCUCCCACCUUGGAGAGCAUCCUCAAUGAGCUGGAGGAUGAGGAGGAACCGUUUGUGUUGGAAGAUACUUGUGUGAUGAAUGCCGAAAAUAUUGAUGCUCGUUCCUGUGAUAGCGCUUCCCUUGCCAGCUCUGACAGCGGGGACCCAGCUCACUUCAAACGGAAGAAGAAGGCAGUGGAGUUGAAAGCGGCAGUUCAUGGAUCAGUUCUUCGACACAGCAUGCUUCAGGGCAUCUCUGCCCAGAUCGUCUCAGCUGCGGACAAAGUUGAUGCUGGAUUACCAACUGCGAUUACAGUUGCAGGGGUGAUUGUUGUGGGAACAUCUCACGGUCUUGCUUUGGUCUUUGAUAACAACCAAGCAUUAAGGCUCUGUCUUGGAACAAAAACAACUGGUGCGGAGUUUGGUGCGAUCUCUGCCCUCAGCAUCAACAAUGAUUGCUCAAGACUUCUCUGUGGAUUUGCAAAAGGACAGAUUACCAUGUGGGAUCUUGCCAAUGGGAAACUUCUUAGGACGAUCACUGAUGCACACCCUCCGGGCACAGCAAUCCUGCACGUAAAGUUCACAGAUGACCCGACACUUGCAGUUUGCAGCGAUAGUGGCGGAUCAGUUUUUGAGCUGGCUUUCAGGAGAGUAAUGGGCAUGCGUUCCUGUGACUCAAGAUGCCUAUUCAGUGGUUCCAAAGGGGAAGUCUGCUGUAUUGAACCAUUGCGUGCAUAUCCAGACUUCAGUGACCACCCAAUAACACAUUAUUCUCUGUUGGCUUUGGCUUCCCUCACGAAGAUUCUGGUAAUUGGACUGAAGCCCUCCCUAAAAGUUUGGAUGACAUUUCCCUACAGCAAGUCUGAUCCAUCCAGUGUCCCACAGCUUGCAUGGCAGUUUGUGUCCGUCCAAAUGGCUGUCAACCCGUUCUUAGCUUUCUGUAAAGGAGAUACAAUCCACUUCCUCAUGAUAAAAAGAGAAGAGAUGGGUGCCAUCCAUGUUAUCAAACAGAGACGUAUUCAUCUCAGCUGUGAUAUAAUCAGUUUGAAUUGGAUUAAUGGUCGUACAUUAGUCCUGAUAGACAGCCACGAAAAGCUACAAGUUGUGGACCGACCCAGUCAGGAGAUUUUGGAUAUUCUGGACUUGGAGCAGGUGCAACUGGUAUACAACAGCCGCCAUUUCAAAUCGCUGGCCACGGGAGGGAAUGUCUCCCAGGCUUUGGCCUUAGUUGGAGAAAAAGCUUGCUACCAGUCUAUUGCAAGCUAUGCAGGACAAAUUGUCUGUUUGGGCACCAAGUCAGCCCAUUCUAUGACUCUCAGGACCUGGAGAGAGCGCAUUGACUGUUUGUUGAAGCAGGAACAUUUUGUUGAAGCUCUUUCAUUGGCCUGGUCCUUCCAUGAGCGAACAGCUAAGGCUGUGGUUGGCUUGUGUGUUGAUCCUUUGAAAAGAAAGGGAAUUGUUGGUGACAAGAUGGUGGAGAUACUGUUCCAGUUUGUUGACCAUGCUAUGAAGAGGUGCCCAGAACAAGGCAGAAUCCAAGUGAUGGAGCAGCAUUUUCAUGAUGUGAUUCCGAUCUUGAUAGAUUUCUGCCUGCUGUUGCAAAGGACUGAUCUACUAUUCGACCAGCUAUAUGCUCGGCUUGUGGAGAAUGUGGUUGCUAAGGGUGUUUUCCUGGAAGCACUAGAAUCAUAUAUUGUCAUGGACCGCCUUGGUCACCUCCCCACACCCAUCAUGAAGGAUCUCUUGGCCCAUUACCACAGCAAUGGUUUGAUGGACAAUCUGGAGAGAUGCAUUGUUCGUCUGGACGUCACAAGCCUCGAUAUACAGCAGGUAGUUCAAGUUUGUUGGGAAAACCAGCUAUAUGAUGCGAUGAUCUAUGUGUUCAACAGUGGCAUGAAUGACUACAUCACACCAAUGGAGAAACUUUUUGCUGUAAUUGGCCCACCUCUUCGGGAGGGAAGAAGCUUAACAGCUAAAGAAGUGGUGAUGGGAAACAAACUUUUGGUGUACAUCAGUUGUUGUCUUGCAGGAAGGGCAUAUCCCCUAGGAAACAUCCCUGAGGAUCUUGUGGUUCAGGUCAAGAUUCAGGUAUUUGAGUACCUGAUUCUGCUCCAUACAGGGGAAUCAUCGUCAGAUGCUUACCCUCUUAUUCAUACACUCCUCCACUUUGAUACUCGAGAAUUCCUAAAUGUUCUUGCUAUGACAUUUGAAGACUUUAAAAAUGACAAACAAGCCAUUGAGUACCAGCAGAGGAUGGUGGACAUUUUACUUCAGGUGAUGGUGGACAACCCGGACUUUACACCAUCCCAGGUGGGCGGGCUUUUCACGUUUUUGGCUCGGCAGCUGUCUAAACCAGACAACACACUUUUUGUAAACAGAAAAUUAUUUGACCAGGUCUUGGAGUUUCUAUGCAGAUCAGAUGAUGCCUCACGACACACGGAACGACAGCAGGUUCUACUGCAGCUGCUCCAGGUCGGAGGUGUGGUCCAGUUUGAUGAAGAAAAGCUGUUGACUUUGUCACAGAGAGCCAAGUUCUACCAAAUUUUGGAAUUUCUUUAUGAGAAGAAACAUAUGUAUGACAAGACCAUUGACUGCUACCUAAAAGACCCUCUGAGAAAGGGGGAGGUCUUCAGCUAUAUCGACCACCUGAUGUCUAUGUCAAGUCACGAAUCUGAGGAGAAGCAAGCAAUCAAGAACAAAACACUGCAACACAUACAGGAACUGAUCAUGUUUGAUACAAACAGGUCAGCUGACCUGGUUGUGUGUCACUUUGCUGAAGAAGUGGAUCAAAUUGUUUGCCUUCUUCCGGAUGGCGAGCUGCAUUUCAAGUUUUUGAGCUUAUUCAUGGAGUCAUGGGAACGUCAUUAUCCGGGGACCCCCCUUCCAUUGGAACAUGAUCUGCACACACAUCUGCUGGACCUGAUGUGCCGUUUUGCCCCCCAACAGCUCUUGAGUUUCCUCCAAACCUCACAGCACUAUAGGUUGGAGGAGGCCAUACAAAUCACUGAGAAGUACCACCACAGUGAAGCUACAGGUUAUUUGCUAGAAAAAAAGGGUGACUUUUAUGGAGCAUUUACAGUUUUGUUGGAGGCAUUAAAAGUGCAGCUUUCUCUACUGACUGCUGACCCCACCAGAGGGCAGAACGAAGAGGACAAAGAGAAUGAGUCGAUUGUAUUGAAGAGAGUAGAAAAUUCACUGAAUGCCCUCAUCGCCUUGGGUCAUCGCAACUCUCAGAAACUCCAGCAGCCACAAAUCAAGGAGCUCUGGUUUUCAUUAUUGGAGACAUUGAUGACUCCCCAGAAACAGGUCUUAAAGGACCUGACAAUGAACGUUCUCAACAGUAUGAGCAGCUUGGUUUCACUGCCUGCUAUCAUACAGCAGAUACUGCAGAGUCCUAUUUAUCAGAAAGGACAACUUGCAGAGAUCCAAGUCCUUAUUCUUGGGAUGCUUGACACUUUCAACUACGAACAGACUUUAUUUGAAACGACCACCAGUCUUUUAAAUCAUGACCUCCACUGGUCCCUGGCUCAUCUGCGCACCGCUGUGACAAGGGGACUCCACCCGAGACAAGACUAUUGUAACAUUUGCCUUCAACAGUACAAGAGGUGGCAGGACCCAUCUGAGCAGAUCCUUCUAUUUAGCUGUGGUCACCUGUACCACGUUCAGUGCUUGCAGCAACAAAAUACGGACUGUGGGUUGGGAGGUGCUUCAGAGCAACAGCAGCAGUGGAGUUGCUACAAGUGUUCCACCGUUCACAGAGGAAGAGGCCGUCAGUAUACCAUACCAACGAGAAGUCGCAGCACAUCCCUUGCACAGACUCGACUUUCAUCUGCUCGUCAUGACGAAGCUGGUCGAAAGAAGGUUUUUGAAGAGGUAAUGCUGGACUUUCCACAAGAACAGUCCUGGAAUCAGCUACGUUGUUUAUACAAAGGGCCAUCAAGGUUGUCCGUCCUGACGGAGCUCUCUCACUGCCACAGCAACGAGAGAGCAGGGACUCUCAUUCAAGCUCAUCCAGCACAAGAGAGUUUCAGUCUUAAACUAUCUCCUCCACCUCUGUUGGAAGAAUAGCAAUGUGUAGCGUUAGCCCUUUGGGAGGAGCAUGUCACACUUCUUUGUCUUCACCCUAAACGGGGUGAGCUGUCUACUAAAUGGAUGAAGUGAGAGUUUGGAUUGCUUGAACAUGUUCGUAUUGUCUUUGUGUCCGUGCCCCGAUAUGAUCAGUGAUGCUUGAAUUAUGAUAUAUUUGCAACCUGUGAGACUUUUGACCUGUUGGUAAAGGAGUAUUCAAUGUUUGAAAGUGUGUAAUCUUGAAAAUACACAUUGUUCCAAAUGA